AAUUCGCGUUGCAAGAAUCUAGAAGGACAAACAAACAAAAGAAAAACAAACUCGGUGAAACUAAGAGAAAAUUGGGAAAUAAAAAUAAUCGAAUUGUCAUCUUAUUGACGGAGGCCUACAUGAAACGCCAUUGCAGACAUUUAAUUUUUUCAAUUAGUUCUCAAAAUUUGCUACAUCAUGUCACAUAUAGACAAUAUAAUCAUCCAGGUUAGAGCUCGACUACAACAAUUGGGUAUCAAGUUGUGGGAAGAGCCUUUCUAUUAUUCAGAUAUUGGUGGGAUAGAAUCUGAAAUUGAUCGCCUUGCUCAAGAUUUUAGCACAAACUUAAGUUUAAGCAUGUCGAACUGUAAACUAGCUUUAAUGGAGCUGCAGGAUGGUGCUUUACGGAAAUUGGCUGCACGGAAGGAAUUCAGUGAGACUGGCCUCGCCACUUUCAGCGUGAGGCGUAUUAGUAAUCAAGGAGGUACACAAAAUGUAUUAGAAGUAAAAUGCCCACUGAAUGCCCUAGGAAAAGAAUUGCAAAAGAAUAUUGCGGAAAAGCUACAGCUAACCGACUCAAAUUGUGUAAAAUGUAUAUCUUCCGGGAAAAUAAUUGAUCCAGAGAGAACUCUCGAAGCGCAAGGAAUUAAAAAUAAUCAACAGCUAAUGGUUAUAAUUAGUGAGGCAGAUCGUAAUGAAUCAAAUUCCAAGGAAGCAAUGUACGAUCGUAUACGCAACAUUAAAAUGGAUGUUGAGGCAAUAGUAGACUCAGAAAAACAAUUAUUUGAGAUGGAAGAUCAAGAUGGCAAUCCUGUGUUUCUACCCCCAAAUGAAAACCGCGCUCUGUUGAUAGCCAUGGGCUUCUGUGAGAAGGCGCGGGCGGCUAUGAAAAAAGAGCAUUAUGACGAAGCUUUGAUUUUGCUUCUUGAAGCUGAUGAAAAGUUUUCCACCUGUAACUCACAAUUUUUGGAAUCGAUAGACAACUAUGCAUUAAUAAAUCUGGACAUUGUUUGGUGUUAUUUAUGUCUCAAAAAUGUAACUCAGUUACCCGAUGCUCAGCGUCGUUUAGAGAUUUGUGAGCGAAACUUCCGUCGCAGUUAUGGCGAAAAUAUGAAUCGACUGAUAGCACUCAAAGGGAAUGCUUGCCCGGAACGUGCACUUCUAAUGCGUCUACACUUAUUGCAAGGCGUGGUAUUCUUCCAUCAAAACAGACGUGAUGAGGCAUACGAACGGUUAGAGUUGGCCGCAGGCGAGUUACGCGAAUUGAAAGUGGACGAUGCCACUGUAGAGGCACUUGUUGAGAUGGGUUAUGAACCGUUUGAGGCUCGUUUAGGCUUGCGGGCUUGUAGAGGUAAUUUGGAACAAGCUGUAAACUUUAUACACGAACAAAGAGAAAAGAAGCGCGAAGCACGAAGCCGUUCACACAAAGAGCGCAAACUAAAUUCGAAGUUGUCACGUACAAACAACGACAAAGAUUGGGUUAAUCCACGCAGCGCGUGCACGCUUAUCGAGAUGGGGUUUUCCCAUGAUCUUGUCGUGGCGGCGCUUAAACAUUCGAAGAAUGAUCUACAGCGAGCGUUGGAUUUGCUGCAAACGAAUAGUGAUGAGUUGCUGCAAAGUUUGCCAAAAAAGGAAAAUGCUGAUUCUGAUAUUUUGGAACAGUUAAAAGAGCUUGGCUUUAAUGAGGAAAUAGUACGCGUGGCGCUUGAGACUACACAAAAUGAUCCGGGGAAAGCACUCGAUUUUCUAGUUAAAAUAUUCGGCAACGAGGAGGAUUUACUAAAGCAAAUAAGUCGUAUUGCCGAAGCUACUAAAGAAAUUGUCGGCGAUGACACACCAUCUACUUCUAGCGGAUUGAGUUCGCUCGCAUCUACAGCUAUGGACAAAGUGAAGAAUGAAAUAGAAUCACUGAGAGCAUAUGAACGCUUCAAUGAGGAUCUCACAUCGAAUGGACAGGACUACCUCGAUCUACCCCUUCUACAGGAGGAACAAAUCUUGGCUGAAUAUAAACGCUUUUUAGAGCAAUGAUUAAUACCCUUAUAUUUACCAGCCAUUCUAUGGUAUACAUUUAUUUGCAAAAAGGUGAAUUGUACAUUUUACUUUAAGUACAAUAAAAUAAACAUGACAUGCUUUAA